AAAUAAUUGGAAAAACUUUAGGGAAAAGAAGAUUGCAUUUAAGCUUAGUAUACUUUCAACAUCGAUCAAGAUCUUUUUAAGGAAGACUAAUAACAAUAACUCAAACAGCAAAAUGUAUAAAAGGAUUGUCACUUAUUGGAACUACUGAAAUUUCCAGUAGCGCACUAACACAAUGAACUCCACAGUGCUUUUAUAUAGUCAACAAGAAAGAUAUGCAGAUGCGUUUGCUAAAAAUUUUUCCACUGUUUUGCUUGCUGUUAUAAUCAUCUCCAUUAACGGAAUGUUUGUAUUCAUAUUCUUUAGGAGAUCAAUUUUCCACAGUGAUCCACGAUAUAUACUGUAUAUUCACUUGGUUAUGAAUGAUAUGCUCAUGGUUUUUAUUUCUGUAGUUCUUUUUGUGAUAACUUUUGCAUGGCACAAUGUGCCUGUCCCGUUCUGUGUGUUGCUCCUGUUAAUAACCUCGGUAAGUCAUAGGAACACUCCUCUGACUUUGGCUGGUAUGGCUGUUGAGCGUUACAUUGCCGUCUGCAAACCACUGCAUCACCAUCAGAUUUGCACAGUGCGCUGGACGUACGUGCUCAUCUCUCUCAUAUGGAGUGUUGGAAUUUUACCAGGAUUGGCUGACUUUUUUCUCCUUUUAAUUAAUGGACCUUUUGCUCUUUUUAUAACUAUCUGUACUCCUGUGACUCUUUAUAACACACCAAGCCAUGCUGAACUAAGCAAAAUUAUGAAUGGUAUUUAUUCAUCAGUUGUGUGGCUAAUACUCGUAUAUACAUAUUGUCAAGUGAUGGUUAAAGCCAAAAGGUCUUCCACUAAUAAAUCCUCAGCAAAAAAGACCCAAAACACCAUCCUGCUACACGGAGCACAGCUUCUGCUCUGUAUGCUGUCCUACAUUACUCCUGUGUUAGACAGACUUUAUGCACCACUCCAAACUGAACAGCAGAAGAAAAUAAACUUUUUCAACUAUUUACUAACUAAUAUUUUACCAAGACUUCUUACCCCCCUGAUUUAUGGUGUUCGGGAUAAACAGUUUUAUAAUCACAUUAAGGCACUCCUUACAUGUAAAUUAUCUGCUGUAAAUGUUGAUUCAACCAAAUAAUUAGCAGAGGACUUUUUAUAUUAUUCUAGUUUAUAUUCUUCUUUAUUUUCUGCAGAAAAUAAAAAUGAGAAAUGUGUUCUGAUUGAUGAAUAAACAAAAUAGUAGUAGUUUGAAGAUUUUGUGGCUGCUAAUGGCUAAUUUCACAUAAUUACAUAUAAAGAUUUUUAUUAUCUUUUCAUUAUUUAACUAGCACCGUAUGUGGUUUUUCUUAUAUAGUCACAUAGCAUUUUAAUUAACUGCCUUCGAUGCAAGGCCUCUUUUCAUAGCAUGUGUUAAAAUAUGUCUAUUAUGAGAUUUAUCACGUAUCUAGGAGCGGUAAAGCAAGACAAUGAAAAGAAUGUGUAUGUUUUUUCUGUACUAAUUGUCAAUAUUAUUCAAAUGUGAAUUCCUAUUUUUGCCCUUUCUAGUAUCACUUUGAAUUGAAAGCAUUAUAAGUCUUUUGUACACCAGCAAAGGUGCAUUUCACAUAAUUACAUAUGAACAUUACUAAAUAGAAAAUAUUUAAAUUAUUUUUAAUGUCUUUCCAUCACAUAACUAGCACCAUAUGUGUGGGGUUUUUUUUACAGAUAUAGUUGCAUAGUAUUUCAAUUAGUUGCUUUCGAUGUAAAGCCUCUAAAAAUUAGAUUCGCAUUUGUUCAAAUGUAUUUGUUGGGAUUUAUCAUGUAUUUAUUAAAGGAGCAGUAAAGCAAGGCAAUGAAAAGAAUGUGUAUGGACUUUAGAAUGUGUGUGGACUUAGACUUUACAGACCUGAAACUUGCCUAUAGCACUUUUUCAUUGUUGCUCUUAUAGUUGUGUAAAUUGCUUCAUUGUCCUCAUUUGUAAGUCGCUUUGGAUAAAAGCGUCUGCUAAAUGACUAAAUGUAAAUGUAUGGUAACUGUGAUUUUGAUCAUUAACUGUGUUUUCUGCACUAAUUGUCAAUAUUAGUCAAAUGUGAAUUCCUAUUUUUGCACUUUCUACUAUCACUUUGAAUUUAAAGCAUUAUACAUGGUCUUUUUACACCAGCAAAGGUGCAUUUCACAUAAUUACAUAUGAAGAUUACUAAAUAGCAAAUAUUUAAAAUAUUUUUUAUAUCUCCCAAUCACUUAACUAGCACCAUAUGUAUGUUUUUGUCUGAUAUAGUUGCAUUGCAUUUCAAUGUAUUGCUUUUGAUGCAAGGCCAAUAAUCAUUAGAUUCACAUUUGUUCAAAUGUCUGUAAUGGGAUUUAUUAUAUACAGUAUGUAUAAAAGGAGCAGUAAAGCAAGGCAGUGAAAAGACCCCGUGGAUGGCAACUGUGAUUCUGAUCAUUAUUAAAUGUGUUUUUGGUAUAAAUUAGUGUAAUGUAAAUUCCUAGUUUAUUGUUCUUUCAACACUGUAAAAAAUUGGUGCUUGGUUGCCUUAAAAUUUUAGGUUGAAUCAAAUAAACCUUAUGAGUGAUUA